GCCGAACAAAGUACUUCCGGGUCGAUGUCGUGUCGUGGAUUUCGAGUUGUCUCGCGCGAAAUCAAGAAAGAUGGCGGGUGCUGUAGCUAACAAUAUGGAUAGCAUGAGGAGUGCAUUGGAGGAGUUUAUUUGUAGAGCUAAUGAUGUCAUAGAAAUGAAAUUAGUCCGCUCUAAGGAGGAUAUUGAGGAUUCUACAAGGUCAUUUACUCCUACCUUCACCCAUCAAAUCUUUGGUGACAAUGAAACAGUCUUUGGAUACAAAGGAUUAAAAGUACAGUUGUACCUGUCAGCCGCUAAGCUAACACAUUAUCUCACAUACACAUUUGAAGAGAAAGUCAAUCCUAAGAAAUUUGAAGGUGUGCAGGCGGAUCCUAUUCUCAAACCCAUUGUGGAGAAGCUGGAGAUAACACCCAUGGAUAACCUAGAUCGGUUCGUGAUGAGCCUGGAGGACGACGUCGGCUUCCAACCGAUGGGCGACCUUCUCCAUUCUUACUCCAUCACAGACGAAGCUCAGGGCACCUCAAGGCAUUUUGAGAUCUACAAGAGUAGCAUCAUGACGCCAGGGUUUAGGGAGUAUCACUCGCACCUACAAACAUUGCUAUGGUGGUUUGUGGAUGGAUCCUCCUACAUUGAUGUGGAUGACGAGAGAUGGAUGUACUACACAAUCUUUGAACGAUAUCCCUAUGAAGGAACAAAGCGAUACACGACAGCAGGCUACUCAACGGUGUACAGGUAUUAUGCCUAUCCUGACAAGAUCAGACCUAGGAUUAGUCAAGCCCUGAUCCUCCCUCCAUUCCAAAGACAAGGCCACGGAGCUCGAUUCUUAGAGACCAUGUAUGCAGAUUUCAGGACAUUCCCUGAGAUUCUUGAUAUCACAGUUGAAGAGCCAUCCGAGGAUUUUGUGCGACUAAGAGACUUCGUUGACUGCAGGGCCUGUGCUAAACUCCCUGCCUUUUCAUCGGAGAGCCUUGUCAAAGGAUUCUGCAGUGCCAUGGAGAAGGAAGCUCUUGAUAAGCUCAAGCUAAAUAAGAAACAAGUUAGGAGGGUUUACGAGAUCCUACGGCUCAAAGCGACAGACUACAGUAACGCAACGCAAGCUAGGGACUACAGACUUGAUGUCAAAAAGAGACUCAAUAUUCCAUUUCAAAAACAAAAGGCUGAUUAUGAGAAGCUCAAGAAGGUCCUGAAGCCAGAGGAAUUGACGGCAGCGGAAGAGGGCACCAGCCUGGAGGAGAGACACCAGACCCUUGAGAAAUGGUACCAGCAUCUCCUCGAGGACUACCGAAAGGUCCUGGACCGUCUCUCAAUGUGCGACUGAUGUUAAUAUUCUCAGUGGUAUUGAUUUAGGACUUUUCGAUUUGCAUGUUUACGAGUGAACUACAGGUGGCUCUGCUCAAUUCGAAUCUCUUAGGACCAUAGAAACGUGUUUGGCUUUAAAGACUCAGAGCCUUGUAGCACAAAGGUUAGCGAGUAUUCGCUUGAAACGGCUCAUCGAAAUUAAUGCUCACUUUGCUCAGUCGACUGACAAGGAACCAAUCAGAAUGUUUGAAUUAGCGAUUAAUUGCUAACAUUUGUGUUAUGGGGCCUUGGUCUGACUUUGAGACUUAUGCAGAGUUUACUGUACUAUGUAACGAUGUAGUCUGCUUUGUGCUCACAGCAUAUUAAGUCGGUGGACUGAAGCAAUGUGAGACGUGGAGUAUGCCUGAGGUUAAUCUAGGUUGCCUUACAUCAUCUGUUUGUGGCGAUGAUGCAAAGUUCCCUGAAAGUUUUUACCAGGUUAGUGGUCAGGUGGUUCCAUGACAUUUGCUCCGGCAACAAUCACUCCAGAGACGAUUGCUUCGAUGGAAAACCUGCAUGUUAAGCCAAACAUAUAACCAAACCUCCAAAACUAAAUAAAUCAUAAUCCUUAUCUUUACAUUAUUCUGAGCCCAAAACUCUAUUACAAUCCUUACUCUAAUCUAAUGCCCUCUGAGAUAUUAAGAAGAGCAAAUUUCGCAGGAGCAUAUGUCAUGUCAACAGUCUCAGGCAGUGUCCUGAAAAAGCUGCUUGCACAUGUACUGUGUAUGGCAGUGCUCAGCUCUACCAACUUUGUUUGCUGUGGUCACAAAGCAGAGGCUUAUGAGACACUUAUAGCAGUUCACUGGUGAAUGCACAAAUCGCAAGUCCCUAUUGUAAAAUUGUGAACUUGACAAAGCACAAGUAACACGAACAAGGCCUGUCAAAAGGAAUAUUUAUUGCUAUGGCUACUAGUACUUUAUUUUUACGAAUUCCGAGGAAAGGGCAUUCACCUACAGAUUGUAACUUUUUGUUUCGUUUUCCUAGGUUGCAUUAUUUUCUUCUUCCAAGUAUAAAGAAUAUCUUAGUGCGAUAUUGAACUUGUUUUUGUGCAUUCCAGCAUUGUCAAUACCAUAUUUCAGUGGAGCAUGAUGUAAAACCUGCAAGCACCAACGUUGACAUGAAUUAAAUCAAAUGUAUUAUUGGCCUAGUUGAUUACUGUGUAGAACCAGGUAAAUUACACUGAUUUUAAUGGGGAUUAUUAUGCACUUAUGUGGCCAGAUAUUGGGCCACAUGAGGAAUGAUUCUCUCCAAAUGUAGGCUGUGGAUGUUUUUCGUCAUUCUCUGCCGAGAAAUGGUAUCAAAAGCUAUGAAAUGCAAAAAAGAAAAUGGUGACAUCAUCAUCGCUUCCAUACUCGGUUCAAAGGAAUAUACUAACAAAGUAUUAACGUGUAAACCUAGCAUGCUUGUAGGAGUUGAUUGUCAGGUGGACAGACUUCAGGUUUGCACAGAUGCCCAUUCACUUACUUGUAUGUAAAAAAUGUAUUUAAAAAUGAAAUUGUUGAUCUGACAUUUUGUAAAAAUGUGAAUAUUUGUAUGUAAAUGCCAUUCAAUGGCCCUUUGCUUUUUAGUUGCCUAUAAUUUAAGCUACGCUGUCAACCUGUCUUGGGAAUUCCCGUCUGAAGUGAAAGCAUGUCUUUAGUGGCCACCAAAAUUUUCACCAAGUUGGAAGAAACAUUUGUUAAACUGUCUGUAAUUGCAAUCCGAAUGACCCCAGUGGUCACUUUUUCAGUUUCCCUUGGUUAGCCAUAAUAGACAGGACAGGUUUGACUAUGUUAUUUACAUUGCUUGAAAUUAGGAAAGUCAUGAUGUAUGUUGCUGUAUUUAUAACUUAAGUUCAUUUACAUGUACAUUUGCUGAUUAAUUUGCCAUCUUGUAAGAUUAUAUGGAUGUUCCCACCAAAUCAAUAAACUUACAGAAGUCUCA